AUGUCGUCGCUUUCCGCUAUUUCCCGAAUCGCCUCAAGAGCUGUUGCUCGUUCCAGUUUUAGAAUGGCCGGUGUAUCUGGAGCCCGUGCCGGAGCCAGUGCUGCUAUGUUGAAGAUGGUUUCUGGUGGAUCCAGUGGCGUUCGAUCGUUCCAUGUUUCCAGCAACCGGUUGCAAUCGGGAGCUCCUUUGUCGGCUGCUGAUGCUGAAUUGAUUGCUUCUUUGAAGAGCGAGAUCAAGAUCGAGAAAGAGGCCGAUUUGGAAGAGCCCUCGAUUGUCAAGAGUUUCUUGGAAACUUCUGGGUUCCAACUUGUCACCAAAGAUGGUAAAGACGAGGUUAAACUUGUUCGUAAAGAAGGUAAUGAGGUGAUCCAUGUUCAUUUCCAAGUUUCUGAUAUUACCAAUGGCGAGUCUUUCUUGGAAGAUGAGGAGUCGUAUGAAGAGCAAGAAGAGGGUGCUACUGAGGAGGACGAGGGUGCCCAGUUCGACGAGGAGGUAUCUACUCCUAUUAGACUCAAUGUCGUUAUUGAGAAGCCUAAAGGAGCUCUUGGAAUCGAUGCUAUUGUUGAGCAAGAUGUUAUUCUCGUUGAAUCGAUUGUUCCUUACGAGUCCGCCGAGCUCGCCACUUCUGAGACCCCCGAGGCCGAUUACACCCGUCGUAGCCAAUACCAAGGACCUCCAUUCUCUGUUCUCGACGAAAAGGUCCAAAACGCUGUUGAACAGUUCCUUGAAUCCCGUGGUAUCAACGGCGAGCUCGCUCAAUUCGUCACCGAGUACUCGUCGUACCGCGAGACCAACGAGUACAUUGCCUGGCUCGCCAGAGUCAAGGCCAUCGUCGAGUCCGAGUAA